CUUUACUCUAGUCGGAUGUUAUUUUAACGUUUCAAAAGUCUUGAACAGUAGACCUCUUUGAGGGCUUUAGCGGUGUAUAAAUUUUAUGAACUAAAAUAAAUAAAUUCGAGGAAGAAUCACAACAGCACCGCAGCCCCAUAAACACUAACAAGCAACCUUAGCAAAACCCAAACAGCAAACAAAGCAAUACAAACCCACCCAAUUAGCAGAUCACGACAACCUCAUCAAUCCCCUUCCCUAGAUCACAUCGGUGGGUUCAUGCUCCCUCCAAGCGUUACUCAAUAUUUCUCCUCCCACGUUGCAGAGCAGUAGCGAAACACAUCGGGGAAAUGGUGGCAAAUGUUUGACCUGCUUUUGCAAGUUGACCCAGAUGCCGCUUGUUUCUUGCUGCUGCUGGGGCUGCAGAUGCGGCUUUGCAGAGAUCGGCCACUUCCUCCUUGUGCUCUAGAGUCUAGAGAUCUCCUUAGCUCCUCCUUCCCCCUUCCUCCCGCCCCCCUGAAGAUGGCAGCGGCAGCAGCAACAGCAGCGAGCUGGCUGAAAGGUCCUCGGGGUGUUUUCAGGACGCUGGUGCGCUCCUCGCUUUCUUCUUCCUCUUCCUCUUCCUCUUGGUCAGGUGGGUGCCUCUCACGCCAAGGAGAAAAAGGGAGGGCAGGGAGCUUUUGCACAACUGAGGUUUGCAAAAAGGCUCCUCCUUUCAAGGGAUCUGUGCAUUCAUCCUGAUCCGCUUGCAUCAAAGCUUAGGCGGCGGCUGGGUUCUGGAUUUGGAGAUUUAUUAGAUGGUGUUGGCAUCUAUGGUGCAAAAAUCCUCAAAGAUUUCUGGGAGCUGUAGUUCGUUAAAGGGGUGCCAGGAAUUGUAGCGCUGUGAGGGGUAAGCUGCAGGGUUCUUUGAGGGAAGGGGAGUGCUUUAAAUGUAUACACAACCACAGACCGAGGGCACCCCAAACAGGAAUGCUCUGCUAUGUAAAGAGUCUUAUGCUGUCUGCAAUUUUACGUUUGCGCACACACUCACAUGCACAUACACAAUUGGUCUGAGAGCAUCAGCUGCAGAAGCUAAGCAGUUUUGUGCUUCAUCAGUCCUUGGAUGAGAGAUCAUGCCAUGUAAGAGCAGGAUUUAAGUAUAAGUUAUCAUUUUUCUCCCCAAACAAUUUUUUUAAAAACAGUAUAACCAAUCUUUUUUCCCUUCUCCGAUGGUGUUUGUGCAUUUGCAAAUCUCACAGUGCGCCUUGAGCAUGCUGAUUCCUUCCUCUUGAUUCUUGGUGAUCCCAUUUUUGCUGCAUUUCGGUCGGCACACAACACCUGUGUUCAUGAUUGGAGGGAAUAAUAGGGGGUUGGACUAGAUGUUCCUCAGGGUCCCUCCCCACUCUGAUUCCAACUUUUGAAUUAUGCUUUGGGAAAAUGGCUACCCCAAGGGAGUCCCACAGAAGGGCAAAACCCGCCUUUUAAGGCACUGAGGGCCACUCCCAACAUCCUGUCUGAUGCUUAUGCAUGAUGAUUUGUACUUAUCAUGGCCGUGUCAGGGCAAUUGUAUGCAAUCCAGCUUUCAAUACAGUUUGAGCCUGCAAAAGUCCUGGGGCAGCCACACUGCUUCUUCCCAAAUCGGCGCAUAAUGCUGCAACCUUCUGCUUGAAUCCUGUAACUUUUUUAAUAUCACAAAUCUUCUGGUUUAUUUUUGUCCUGCAAUGAGGACAAAUAAUAAAUUUGAAUAUACAUCAAAUAAUAAAUGUCCUGCUUUUGUGACAGGGGGUUGGACUAGAUGACCGUUGGGGUCCCUUCCAACUACGGUUCUAAGUCACAAAAAAGGGCUGGUUAAUGCCAAGGGAGUAAACCACCUUGGAUUCAACUUCUGAGUAAAUGUGCUUAGGACUGCGCUCUGGAGAAUACCCUGUGUGUUUAGUUUUAAUUUGUUUUAAUUUUCAAUGCAAAAUUACAACAAAAAUUACAAACACUGAAUCCAAAAUAAAACAGUACAAACAAAGAAAAAAACACAAGAGAAAAAAGAACACAAAAAAAACACAAGAAAAAAACAACAACACACAUCUACAAAUAAAACCGUAUCGUCAUUCUAAAUCAUUAUGUACAUAUACACAUAUUGAUUUCCUUCCUCUGUUCUAAAACCUCAAAAUUUUUACUCUUUCUAAAUUGUUGUGUCUAAUGUAGAUUACCUCUAUCUUUAUAUUUUUUGCACCAUUUUUCUCUUUUGUUAACCCUGCAAAGCUUUGUUCGUUACAUACCGGUAUGUGUUUAGUUUUAAAUUUUUGUGGGGUCAGAGAAAGACAAGGCGAGCUGAGGUCCAGCAAAUAUGUGGCCUCGCAGUUGACACACUGCACCUUCUGCCUCCAUCCAUCUUCCAGAUGAUCUCCUUCGGCAAAUGGACCGGCGUGACGCCUGGGACCGCUUCUACACCGCUAAGGAGAAAGGAGCUUUGUGUCCUGGCCACUUUGACUGGUUCUUCUCCUACGAAGAUGUCUCAGGGUUCCUGCUCUCCUUCCUUCAGAGCUCGCCGGCCGGCCAGACCCAAAUACUAGACGUUGGCUGCGGCACAUCCGCUUUAAGCCUGGGGCUCUUUCGAGACUCGCCCCGGCAACUUCACAUCUCGUGUUUGGAUUUCUCCCCUCCAGCCAUUGACUCCCUGCAACAGCUGGUGAGGGAGAGCCCCCCACCGGGGCACCCUCUUUCUGAACUGCACUGCUACCUGGCCGAUGCCACUGCCUUGACCAGCACCUUCAAGGAGGGAUCGUUCCACCUCAUACUCGACAAGGGAACCUGUGAUACGCUGCUGCGAUGCCCCCAGGGCCCGGGCAGAGCCAAGACGUUGGUGUCAGAGUGCCUGAGGGUGCUGAGGCCCACGGGGAACCUGCUUCAGUUUUCCGAUGAGGAUCCGGACGCCAGGGUGCCGUUUUUGGAACAGGCAGGGGGGGUGAAAGUUACCGUGAAGGAAAUUGCGCAUAUCGGUGGCAUCUGUUACUAUGCUUACAUACUAAGCCCAGACUCUUCAGGGACCAGUGGAGCUGUCAAAUAGAAGAAAAAUUGUAUCCUAUGGGGUGAAGUAAAACCUUCGAGGCCAGCUGGGGCUUAGAAAUUGGGUGCUAGCUAAUGCUCUUCAAGCAAUCGAUCGUGUAGUGUGGCAGCAUCUGCUCUCUGGAACUCCCUGCCACUUGAUCUUAGGCAGACGCCUCUGUUGUGCUGUUUUUGACGUCUGCUAAAAACUUUUCUGUGCAAGCAAGCCUACCCAGGGAAGAAAGCGCUGGAGGCAGAAAACAACAGGAAUGGCAAAAGGGAAUGAAAAUGAGCCGGUUUGAGAGUUAUUCUCAUUUAUUACAUUUCUCAUCCACCCUUCACCAUCAGGUUCCAGGGCGGGUUACAACAGUUUAAAAAUACGUUAUUUUAAAAUAAGUUAAAACAGAUGACAGUCAAGAGAAUAGGAUGGGUUCUAAGAUAUACAUACCAGUAUAUCUGAGGUGUCAAAGAGGUUAAACUUCAGCAUAUGACAAAAAUUACAUAAUGCAGGUGCCAUACACAGCUCUGUGGGGAGGAAUUCCACAAUAGAGGGGCUGCCAAGGAAAAUGCCCUCGCCCAGGCCUCCACCACCCCAAAUUUGUGAGGGUGGUGGAACUACCAACAGGGCCCCUUUGCCAAUCCUAACACUCAAGAGGCAGCCAUUCAGAUACCAGUUAUUUGGGGCCUAAGUAAUUGAGAACUCCAGACCUUAACCCGGCUGCUGCAUUUUGGACCAUUUGAAGUUUCCAAAUUAUCUUCAAGGGCAGCCCCGCAUGCAGUGUGUUGCAGUAAUCCAGCUGGAAGUUACCAGAGUGCAGAAUACAGUGGCCAAGCAAUUUCUGUCCAAAAGCUGGCAAACCAGCUGAAGCUCGAAAUAAGUAUCUGAAGCUUCAUUGACAGGGCUGGAUCCAGGAGUUACCCUCAAGCUACAGACCUGCUCCUUCCAGCUGCAUGUAUAUAGAUUUAGCCGCAGGCAAAAAACCAAGGAUGGAGAACCCCUUUCAAUUUGAGGGCCACGUUCUCUUUUAGACAGCCUUUUGGGGGCCUCAGGGGGAAAUAGGUGUGUCUGAGGAGCAGAGGUGCCUGGAAAGAGUCCCAAGGGCCAGACAGAGCUUUGGCUUGAGAUGUGAAGGCCGGGGGGGGGAUGUUUCUUUAAAAAAUAUUAUUAUUCCAUGUGUUUUUUUUCUCCCAAGCCUUCACAUUUCUAGAUCUAGAGAGUCACAUUUGGCUCUCCUGCUCCAGUUUAAGCCAAGAGCUAAAUGGAAAAGGAGGUGGCACCAUGUAGGAAUUGUGGGAAGGCGCUUCAGGCCUAAUCCUCCGCUGACAGACGCUCAUCCCACUUGAUAGAAUGACACUGAAGUCACCAUUUCCAUGUUUGUCUUCAGGUCCCUUUGCCUGGGAAAGCGGAAAUGACGGAGAUAGGAUGUUUGUGUUACUGUGUUCCGUGAAGUGGGCUAGAGAGAGAGAGAGGGAGGGAGCCAUGUUGCAGUGCUCCGCGUGUGUUUAUAUGUAAAUAAGUGGAUUAGCCAAAAUGCGGAGUUGCUGAGGUCUGUUACGCAAGCUGCGAAGACUCUGCGGAUCCCUAAGUGUGCCGGUGUCUGUUGGCAUCGGUCGCUGUGAUGUUCGGGCUGAAGAAAGCUUCUGAAGCUCCCAAACGAUCGACCAGGAGGGAGAGAACAUGCCAGUCGGGCCUGUGUCUCUGCCAGGGUCCUACUCGAGUGUAGGACGAGCUCCUGACAUCUGCUACCCCUCUGAGAGACACCUCGAAACAAAACAGCAGGAUGCUACUUUUGCUUCUUUCCAAGGCGAUGCCCCAGA